AUGACUUUGAGCAAGAUUGAAAUUCCGAUUCCCCGCCUUCGCCCCUGGAUGGGCGGCAGUGCCCUCCUCAUCACACUCCUCGUCGCGGUUUUGAUUCAUGCAAAUAUCUUGUCUCAACAUGUCUACUUGAUAGAAUGGAUGAGAGAACAUGACCGCGGCUGGUCAGGCGGAUUUAGUAUCUGGUUCGGCGAGGAAAACCUCAAGACAUCUUGGCUACCUACUCUCCUGUACCGAAGCCCUCAUCAUCAGCUCGCUAUCGCAGCGUCUAUUGUGAAUAUUAUUGUCUGUUUUCUAGUAAUGGGCCUUUUCGCCACCAGCGUUUACGUCAAGAAGAACUUUUGGCAGCAUUGGCUUCUCCUUGCCCUCUUUAUCCCAGAUAUCACUCUCGCUACUACGGCACUCCUCUAUAACUUUAUCGAGCAUGGAAUUACCGGCCGUCUGGAUACUUACGGCCUGUACGUAGCAGCAUCUCCUACGGCAUACUCCCCGUACGGUCGCAACUGGAUGGACUUUGAAAGCUGGAGUUGUGGCCUAACGCAACUAUCUGUGGAUGUGGGAUCGAAUUCAGACAGGUCUAUCUGGGUGGAUAACUGUCACCGAUCACAGCUCGGUAGAUGGCUCCUUUUACCUUCAUGGUUUGUCCUCUGUGCUACAGUCCUCAUCUCUUGGUUUUCGUUUCGUGGGCUUCCCGGCUGGAGGGGAAAAUCGGAUGACGAAGAUGAGGUCGAAGGUGGAGAAGGGAGACUUAGGCUUUAGAAACCUGUUCCGUACUCAC